AUGGUUUCAAACAAAAAACGACUGUACGUUGCCCUGUAUCCUAGCGGCGUGGUCAACAAUGAAGAACGAAGAUACCACUGGGGCUUCCUCGUCGGCCCAAAGAUUGAGAACAGGCAGCAAGUUCCCGGCAUGCGCUACCACGUCAGGAACCUCCCCAUCCAGGGCUGGGCAUACGAACAAGUCCGCCUGGACAACGUACGGAGCACCAACAACCUCCUUGCCCGCAUCGCAAUUGCCAAGGUCGAAGACGAAGAGCGUCUCGUCAGAAUUCUGCGUGAGAUACCCAUCGUUCAAAAUGACCCCAGUUGGCGAUGCCGCACGUGGGUAUCCAACGCAUUGGUCGGGAUAGCAAAAGACGGCCAGGCCGUUGGGACGGCGCAACUGGACUGGGCUCAGAUCGAGACGCUAGCCCGCGAAUAUGUGGCUGGGAAAACGGUAUCCGGAAGAUAUUCAGUGGCCGAGGAUAUGGCAAACCCCAAGCCAACAUGGGAUAUGCUAGAAAGGCGAGAAACUGUGCCCUAG